GCGGCGCUCCUGUCAUCCGUGUCACAGAGCGGGCGGACGCGGCAGACGCUCCUGAGUUUUGGUCCAGAACUCUGAACGGAAGCGCGGAGCAGCAACGACCCGGUUCCGCGCGGCUCGGACACGCCUCCAAACCGACCGGAAGUACCGCCGUGGGACGCAGCGACGCGGAGUUCUGACAGGCGUGAUCAUGGCUUCAACCACCUGCACCAGGUUCACCGAUGAGUACCAGCUGUACGAGGAGCUGGGCAAGGGCGCCUUCUCUGUGGUGAGGAGGUGUAUGAAGAUUUCCACAGGACAGGAGUACGCUGCAAAAAUAAUCAACACCAAGAAGCUGUCUGCCAGGGAUCACCAGAAGUUGGAGCGGGAAGCCCGAAUCUGCCGCCUGCUGAAACACCCCAACAUCGUGCGGCUGCACGACAGCAUCUCAGAGGAGGGAUUCCACUACCUGGUCUUCGACUUAGUCACUGGUGGGGAGCUGUUUGAGGACAUCGUUGCCAGAGAGUACUACAGUGAAGCUGAUGCCAGCCAUUGCAUUCAGCAGAUCCUAGAAGCUGUUCUCCACUGCCACCAGAUGGGCGUGGUCCACCGUGAUCUCAAGCCAGAGAAUCUGCUCUUGGCCAGCAAGUUGAAGGGAGCAGCGGUGAAACUGGCCGAUUUUGGUCUGGCCAUAGAGGUGCAGGCAGACCAACAGGCCUGGUUUGGUUUUGCCGGUACUCCGGGUUACCUGUCUCCGGAGGUUCUAAGGAAAGAUCCUUAUGGCAAACCUGUGGACAUGUGGGCUUGUGGUGUAAUCCUCUACAUUCUGCUGGUGGGAUACCCCCCCUUCUGGGAUGAAGACCAGCACAGACUCUACCAGCAGAUUAAAGCUGGAGCCUAUGAUUUCCCCUCUCCAGAGUGGGACACUGUGACCCCUGAGGCCAAAGACCUGAUCAACAAGAUGCUCACGAUCAACCCUGCCAAGAGGGUCACUGCCACAGACGUCCUCAAACACCCCUGGAUCUGCCAACGUUCCACUGUGGCCUCCAUGAUGCACAGGCAGGAGACCGUUGAGUGCCUCAAGAAGUUCAAUGCCAGACGGAAACUCAAGGGGGCCAUCCUGACUACUAUGCUCGCCACUCGGAACUUCUCAGCCAAGAGUCUGCUGGCCAAAAAGCCGGACGGAGUCAAAGAGCCUCAGUCCACAGUUAUCCACAACCCGCCUGAAGGAAAUAAGGAGUCCAGUGAGAGCACCAACACCACCAUCGAGGACGAGGACGUGAGAGCCCGCAAGCAGGAGAUCAUCAAAGUGACGGAGCAGCUGAUCGAGGCCAUCAACAACGGAGACUUUGAGGCCUACACGAAGAUCUGUGAUCCCGGCCUGACGUCCUUUGAGCCUGAAGCUUUGGGGAACCUGGUGGAGGGAACGGAUUUCCACCGCUUCUACUUUGAAAACGCCCCCCCUAAGGGGAAGCAGCCCAUUCACACCAUCCUGCUCAACCCCCACGUGCACCUCAUCGGUGACGACGCCGCCUGCAUCGCCUACAUCCGCCUGACGCAGUACAUCGACGGCGGCGGCCUGCCUCGCACCACGCAGUCCGAGGAGACCCGCAUCUGGCACCGCCGGGACAGCAAGUGGCAGAACAUCCACUUCCACCGCUCAGGAUCCCCCACCGUUCCCGCCAAGUGAGACGACGAUCUGGAGACGCCCAACAGCAGUCAGCCGACCCCGCCCCCAUGUCCUGAACCAGACCCCAUGUCCCAAACCGGCCCCCAUGUCCUGAACCAGCCCUGUGUCCCAAACCGGCUCCCAUGUCCCAAACCGGGCCCAUGUCCCAAACAGGCCCCCAUGUCCUAAACCGGCCCCCAUGUCCCAAACCGGGCCCAUGUCCCAUACAGGCCCCCGUGUCCCAAACCGGCCCCUGUGUCCCAAACCGGCCCCAUGUCCAUAACUGGCCCCCGUGUCCCAAACCGGGCCCAUGUCCCAAACCAGCCCCCAUGUUCAAAACUGGCCCCCAUGUCCCAAACCGGCCCCCAUGUCCCAAACCGGGCCCAUGUCCCAAACUGGCCCCCAUGUUCCAAACUGGCCCCCAUGUCCUAAACAGGCCCCCAUGUCCCAAACUGGCCCCAAUGUCCCAAACUGGCCCCCAUGUCCUAAACACGCCCCCAUGUCCUGAACCAGCCCUGUGUCCCAAACCAGCCCCCAUGUCCCAAACCGGCCCCCAAGUCCCAAACCGGCCCCCAUGUCCCAAACCGGCCCCCAUGUCCCAAACUGGCCCCCAUGUCCUAAACCGGCCCCCAUGUCCUAAACAGGCCCCCAUGUCCCAAACUGGCCCCAAUGUCCCAAACUGGCCCCCAUGUCCCAAACUGGCCCCCAUGUCCCAAACCGGCCCCCAUGUCCCAAACCGGCCCCCAUGUCCCAAACCGGGCCCAUGUCCCAAACCGCGCCCAUGUCCCAAACCGGCCCCCAUGUCCCAAACUGGCCCCCAUGUCCCAAACCGGCCCCCAUGUCCCAAACUGGCCCCCAUGUCCCAAACCGCGCCCAUGUCCCAAACCGGCCCCCAUGUCCCAAACUGGCCCCCAUGUCCCAAACCGGCCCCCAUGUCCCAAACCGGCCCCCAUGUCCCAAACUGGCCCCCAUGUCCUAAACCGGCCCCCAUGUCCCAAACCGGGCCCAUGUCCCAAACUGGCCUCCAUGUCCUAAACCGGCCCCCAUGUCCCAAACCGGGCCCAUGUCCCAUACAGGCCCCCGUGUCCCAAACCGGCCCCUGUGUCCCAAACCGGCCCCCAUGUCCAUAACUGGCCCCUGUGUCCCAAACCGGGCCCAUGUCCCAAACCGGCCCCCAUGUUCAAAACUGGCCCCCAUGUCCCAAACCGGCUCCCAUGUCCCAAACCGGCUCCCAUGUCCCAAACCGGGCCCAUGUCCCAAACUGGCCCCCAUGUUCCAAACUGGCCCCCAUGUCACAAACUGGCCCCAAUGUCCCAAACUGGCCCCCAUGUCCUAAACACGCCCCCAUGUCCUGAACCAGCCCUGUGUCCCAAACCAGCCCCCAUGUCCCAAACCGGCCCCCAAGUCCCAAACCGGGCCCAUGUUCCAAACCGGGCCCAUGUCCCAAACUGGCCCCCAUGUCCCAAACCGGCCCCCAUGUCCCAAACCGGCCCCCAUGUCCCAAACCGGGCCCAUGUCCCAAACCGCGCCCAUGUCCCAAACCGGCCCCCAUGUCCCAAACUGGCCCCCAUGUCCCAAACCGGCCCCCAUGUCCAAAACUGGCCCCCAUGUCCCAAACUGGCCCCCAUGUCCUAAACAGGCCCCCAUGUCCCAAACCGGCCCCCAUGUCCAAAACUGGCCCCCAUGUCCCAAACUGGCCCCCAUGUCCUAAACAGGCCCCCAUGUCCUGAACCAGCCCUGUGUCCCAAACCAGCCCUGUGUCCCAAACCGGCCCACAUGUCCUAAAUUGUCCCCCGUGUCCCAAACCAGCCCCCCCUCUGUUUGUUUCAACCCCCCUGCUGCUGGACUGAAGCUUCCUGUGGAUGCAGUCCGAUGUGGAACAUGGCUGUACUCCUCUCAGCUUUGGGGUUCCUUUCUCCUUCUUCCUUUCUGUCACUCGGUCAUGUAUGUAAUGGAGGUCACGUGAUCCGGUUCUGAUCCAAUCCCACCUGCAGGUCUGGAUCAGCACAGAGACCUAAAGGUUUCUUUUCUCCAGGGCAACUCCAGCCCCCCCAGCUGUUAGGUUUUCCUUCAGUUUGGGUUUAGGACCUUUUUUUCUUUUUACGAGUCGCUGAGAUCCAGUUUAGGAGCUGAAAGCGUUCCUCACAGAUGAUCCUCAAAGGGACCAAAACGGAGCAGACGGAUGCUUGGAACCAGACGUGUGGAUUUGGUUCUUUGUGGUCGUUUCCCUCCAAGCUCAGCGCUGCUGCUCAAAGUGGGACCAAAGGUCAUCUUAGCGUGCCGAGGCGCCGUCAGAAACCUUCCUCUGUCAGAAAUGCUGUCUGGUUCAGAGCUCUGCUGUUUCUGCUGAUGUAGGAAUGUUUGCUCUUCAUUUCCUUGUUUUAGAAGCGUUCAUUCUUUUCACUGCCAGCUCCAUCUGCUGGGAUUUUUAUCAGUUUAGAAAAAAAAGAGCAUUUGUGGUGCAGCUGGACCUCCAUGAGUGGCGGUGAGCGGCGAGCGGCAAAACAGAACCCCCCGUGUGAGAAGAAGGGGUCCUGCGGCUGUCCAGCGACCGUCCCUUCAGACGGUUAUGGGAAGAUGAGGGGAAUUUCCUGUUUUCAAUUUAUGCUGUGAUGUUUUGAUGCUUGCCCCUCCCCCUUUCUUGUGACUCCUCCCACACAUGUAGCCAGUGUUUCCUGGUUCUACCUGCAGGAUGACCUCGUCACUUUUGUUCUUCUGGGUUUAGUUCUGUUUCCUCUAGAGGCUUCCAGUGAUGGGGGGGGGGGGUUCCAACGUCACGUUUGAGGGGGCAGACGGUCACAUGGUCUUUUACUGUCACCUUGUAAUUUUCUCUGAGACGACUGCGUUUAAUGAUGGGACGAAGCACAUGUAUGUUAAAGGAGGUCUUGAAUAAAAGAGUCAUGGGUGCCAAACCAUCAAGCGUGUCUUC